AUGGAAAAGAGGAAUUGUCAGAGAAUGAUGGAAGAGAGGAGCUGUCAGAGGAUGAUUGAAGAGAGGAUCUAUCACAGGAUGAUGGAAGAAAGGAAUUGUCAGAGAAUGAUGGAAGAGAGGAAUUGUCAGAGAAUGACGGAAGAGAGGAAUUGUCCGAGGACUAUGGAAGAGAGGAAUUGUCAGAGGAUGAUGGAAGAGAGGAGCUAUCAGAGGAUGAUGGAAAAGAGGAAUUGUCAGAGAAUGAUGGAAGAGAGGAGCUGUCAGAGGAUGAUUGAAGAGAGGAUGUAUCAGAGGAUGAUGGAAGAAAGGAAUUGUCAGAGAAAGAUGGAAGAGAGGAAUUGUCAGAGAAUGAUGGAAGAGAGGAAUUGUCAGAAGAUGAUGGAAGAGAGGAGCUAUCAGAGGAUGAUGGAAAAGAGGAAUUGUCAGAGAAUGAUGGAAGAGAGGAGCUGUCAGAGGAUGAUUGAAGAGAGGAUCUAUCAGAGGAUGAUGGAAGAAAGGAAUUGUCAGAGAAUGAUGGAAGAGAGGAAUUGUCAGAGAAUGACGGAAGAGAGGAAUUGUCAGAGUAUGAUGGAAGAGUGGAAUUAUCUGAGAAUGAUGGAAGAGAGGAAUUGUCAGAGGAUGAUGGAAGAGAGGAAUUGUCCCAGGACUAUGGAAGAGAGGAAUUGUCAGAGAAUGGUGCAUGAGAGGAAUUGUCGGAGGAUGACGGAAGAGAGGAAUUGUCAGAGUAUGAUGGAAGAGUGGAAUUAUCUGAGAAUGAUGCAUAAGAGGGAUUGUCAGAGGAUGAUAGAAGAGAGUAAUUGUCCGAGGACUAUGGAAGAGGGGAAUUGUCAGAAGAUGAUGGAAGAGAUUACUAGUCAGAGGGUGAUGUAA